AUGCAUUCUUUUGGUUAUCGAGCCAAUGCUUUGGUCACUUUCGCCGUCACCAUUCUCGUAAUUAUGUGCGCCAUGGCCUCUUUCUCCGAUAACUUCAACUCUCCCUCUCCCACCGCCAGUGUUCAGGUGUUGAACAUCAACUGGUUUCAGAAGCAGCUUCAUGGAAAUGACGAGGUCAGCAUGACCUUAAAUAUCUCGGUGGACUUGCAGUCACUAUUUACAUGGAACACAAAGCAGGUUUUUGUUUUUGUAGCUGCUGAGUAUGAAACUCCUAAGAAUUCCUUGAACCAGAUCUCGCUUUGGGAUGGUAUAAUACCUUCCAAAGAUAAUGCCAAAUUUACGAUUCACACUUCAAACAAGUACCGUUUCAUCGAUCAGGGAAGCAAUCUCAGAGGUAAAGAAUUCAACUUGACGCUGCAUUGGCAUGUAAUGCCAAAAACCGGUAAAAUGUUCGCUGAUAAGAUAGUGAUGUCUGGGUAUCGCUUACCGGAGGACUAUCGAUGAAGAUGCCUUGAUAUGGUAUUUAAAAACUUACUUUUCCAUAUAUGAGAAUACAGAAAAUUCAGUUCAGCUGAGUUAGAAAUUUACAGACAGGAGAAAAGUUGCAUGUAUGAAACAAAUAGAAAGUGAGUUUUGCUUGGAGUUUUUGAUUCAUUCUUCUCUCAUUUGCAUUUUCUCUCUCCCUA